AAGGUCCCCACCCGUCAAAUAGUGGCAGGUGAUAUGACAUUGCCCGAGGAAGUGCACUGCUUUGCUGCUCCUCCCACCAUCUAUUUAUCCCCUCCUCAACCCCUCCCUUUUUCCUCACAACUCACAGCCCACUUUCUCUCUCAAAAGGUAAAAAAUGGCCCUUCUUGGACUUCUCUUGUUGGGAUUUCUCUCUUUCAUGAGCUCCUCUGCUAAUGCUUAUGGUGGGGGUUGGACUGAUGCCCAUGCCACUUUCUAUGGAGGUGGUGAUGCCUCUGGUACAAUGGGUGGGGCUUGUGGGUAUGGAAACCUUUACAGCCAAGGGUAUGGGACUAACACAGCAGCUUUGAGCACGGCACUGUUCAACAAUGGAUUGAGCUGUGGGGCUUGUUUCGAGGUUAGGUGUGUUAAUGACCGUAGGUGGUGCCUGCCCGGCUCUGUUGUGGUCACUGCCACCAACUUCUGCCCGCCAAACAAUGCUCUCCCCAACAAUGCAGGGGGCUGGUGCAACCCUCCCCAGCACCAUUUUGACCUCUCUCAGCCUGUCUUCCAACAUAUUGCUCAGUACAAAGCUGGGAUUGUUCCUGUGUCUUACAGACGGGUCCCAUGCCGAAAGAGAGGGGGCAUCAGAUUCACCAUCAACGGCCAUUCUUACUUCAACCUUGUCCUAAUCACCAACGUUGGAGGUUCUGGUGAUGUUCAUGCUGUUUCAAUCAAAGGGUCGAGAACCGGUUGGCAAACCAUGUCCAGAAACUGGGGUCAGAACUGGCAAAGCAACACUUACCUCAAUGGACAAAGCCUCUCAUUCAAGGUCACCACAGGUGAUGGCCGCACUGUCGUUUCUUACAAGGUUGCCCCUGCCGGCUGGUCCUUCGGCCAGACCUUUAGCGGCCUACAAUUCCCCUGAUGAACUUAAAGGAAGCCCCAUUUAAAAGCGGACUAGGAUCUUUUAUAGCAUUCGUUUCGUGUUCAUGACUUAAAGUUUGUGUAUUUAAUUGUAUAUAUGAUAAUGAUGCAACGUCCGUUAACAUCGACAUCGUAUAUACCGUUAGAUAUACAAAUUUUAAAUUUUGACAAUGAAAUGGAAAUGGAGAAGAUCCUUGUGCUUUAGAAGAAGGGGGGAAAAAUAUUAAGUCAAGCUAGUUAUUAUAGCAGUAGUAUCAAAGAAAAGUGAAACGUUUAGAGUCGUCUUUGGUGUGUAAGUUAGUUUUGGAUGUGGGCUUAUUUUAAGAUGGCCCUUUACCAUUCAGAUUUGAGUUAUGGGGGACUCUGUUCUGCCCUGUUUUGAUAGAGGCAGAGACAGAGAAUUGGCAGUGGUGGGCAUUUACCACCCGCCACUGGUUAGUUUUUAUAUCAUUGAGAAGCAUUUUUUUUUUUUUUUUUUUGCUUAUGCAUGAAGCCAAUGUACUAAUCAGCUUAUAUAUGUUGAAGGUGUUUUGGUUAUAGUUGAGUGAUGUGGUAAUUGAGAUGCUGUAAUACUAUGUUGAAUAAAAUCUGAACAAGUUUUGUUUUAA